AUGAAGAAAACAUCGGCACAGAAGUAUCAAGAAUCAGAGGGAGAUGAGCUUAAUUAUCCACUAGGAAAUAUUGAUGACUAUUCUGUUAACAACAGGAUUGGCCGUGGUAAGUAUUCCAACGUUUUCUCAGGACAUAUUAUCGAUUCAGGCAAACCAAUUGUCGUUAAAGUACUUAAGCCGGUUCGCAUUAUGAAAAUCAAUCGUGAAAUUGCAAUUCUUAAUGUUCUUCGUAAUGGACCAAAUAUUUCACAACUACUUGAUGUAGUCAAAGACCCAGAUUCCAAAUACAUAUCAUUAAUAUUAAAUUAUGCUGAAAAUAACGAUGUUAAAACAUUAUUCGGAAAGAUGACUACACGUGAUAUUGCUUUAUACAUUUACGGCGUUUUGCGAGCUCUUGCAUUUGCCCAUAAAAAUGGCAUCAUGCAUCGUGAUGUAAAACCAGGAAAUAUCAUGUGGAAUCAGACAACCAAAGAAGUUAGUUUAAUUGACUGGGGUCUUGCUGAAUUCUACACUCCAGAUUCAGAAUACCAAGUCAGAGUUGCAACAAAAUAUUACAAGGGUCCGGAACUCCUCCUUUCAUAUCUUAAAUACACACCAAGCCUUGAUAUUUGGUGCCUUGGUUGCACUCUCGCUGGUCUUCUCUUCCACAAGCUUCCAUUUUUCAAAGGACGCGAUAGCAACGAGCAGAUCGAAAGAAUGUGCGUAUAUCUCGGUGGCCAAGCAAUGCUUGAUUACGCAGAAAAAUACGAUUUAAAGCUCAGUUCAUCUCUCAAGGCCCGUCUUUCCGAAUUAAAGGGAACAAUGUGGGCUGGAUUAAUUAAUGAAUCAAACAGAGAUAUAUGUACUCCUCAAGCAUUGGAUCUUUUGACUAAGAUGCUUACAAUCGACCAUAACCUUCGCCCUACAGCUGAGCAGGCAAUGAAGCAUCCUUUCUUUGAUGAAAUCAGAGAUAGCGUUAAAUAG